AGGAGCGGUUCGACACUAGUUCAAAACUUAAGAUAGUUUGGUAACUGACGGCGCUCGGGGACCCUUUUCGCGGUGCUUGCUCGGCUGCUCCGCCGCCCGCGCCGCACGGACCGCCGCCUUGCGCCGCUGGCCCUUGCCGCUACGCGGCCUUCCCAUAGCCCCUGCCCAUCGGACGCUGGACGCGCUGUCGUCUGACUGUCUGGACCAGUCGCCACCUCGCCGCUCUCUGCCCGCCAGCCACCUGACUGGGUGGUGCUGCGCAGGUAUCUACCGCCGGUGCUAGAGGGGAACCAGGCGUCCGGCGGCGGGAGCCGGUGAUCGAACCCCAUCUAGCACCGGCGGGGGACUUCGCCUAUCGCAUAGCCUCCGCCGUUCGCUGGUCCUCCUGUGCACACCACCUGCUCGACCGAAUGCCCCGCUAGACCAGGGCGGCUGACUCCAUGUCCUUCCUGGCAUCUGGCCGCGGCCGCUUCCUCCGGGAAAUCUCCAGGCACCGUCCAGCCCUGCAAGGACGUUACACUGCGUGCUUCCGGCGUCACAAGGCACAUUUCUUGCUUGACGGGAUUGAGGAUGCAGCGGAGAGCACCAUCGGAUCGCAGGAACCACCGGUGUCUCUGGCGAAGAGCCUGGCCUCUCUCGCUGAGGAGUCAACCAUUGCUGCUCAGAGGCAGCGGAAGCCCCUGUCACGGAUGGAGCGCAAGAGGCUGGCCGAGCUCCGGAUUAAAAAGAGGGUCAAGGCGCAGUAUUUGAACGGCAAGUUUUACGAUCUCAUGGGUAAGGUGGUGGCUAGUGCUGAUACGUUGGAGGAUGCUUACGACAUUGUCCGGCUGAAUUCUAAUGUCGAUCUGGCGUCUCCAAGGGACGAUGUUUGCUUCAUCGCAUUGGCGGAGCAGCUCAGGAGCGGCGAGUUUGAUAUCACAUCGAAUUCUUUCUCUGUUGCUGCAAAGAGGCAAGGAGGAGAGCGCAUUGUUCUUCCACGGCUCAACUUGAAAGUUAUCCAGGAAGCAGUUAGGGUGGUGCUUGAGGUUGUUUUCAGACCUCAGUUCUCCAAGAUAUCGCAUGGUUGUCGGAGUGGGCGAGGAUAUCACUCAGCUUUGAGGUUCAUAUCCACUGAAAUUGGGGUUCCAGAUUGGUGCUUUACUGUCCCCAUGUACAAGGAGGUAGAUAGUAAUGUAGUCUUAAAGCUUAUUUCACAAAUACAGGAAAAGAUUGUUGAUGACCAGUUAGUGGCAUUCAUGCAAGAUAUGUUUGAUGCCGAGGUGAUCAAUUUGGUAUUUGGAGGGUUUCCCAAGGGCCAUGGAGUUCCUCAAGAAGGAGUACUUGCACCAAUCCUGAUGAAUAUAUAUCUUGACAGUUUUGACCACGAAGUAUUUAGGAUUUGCAUGAAACAUGAAGGCCUUUAUUCAGGGGCAAAAAAUGUUACAGAGAACCAGGGCUCCAAGUUGCGUCACUGGUUUAGAAGUCAAAUGAAGGACGGGGAUGUAAAUAAUGAAGAUCAAACAGAGGGCCAGCCAAACGUGAGAUUAUAUGCUUGCAGAUACAUGGAUGAGAUUUUUGUUGCAGUUGUGGGGUCCAGAGACAUAGCAGAAACUGUAAAGUCUGAAGUUGUUGAUUACUUAAGCAAAUCGCUUUACCUGAAAGUUGAUGAUGGAUUGUGUCUUGUGCCAGUAAAAAAGGACUCUCGGGGGUUGCAGUUUGCUGGCACUGUAGUUAAGGCAGCAACAAAAGAAAGUGCUGCACUGAAAACUGUUCAUAAGCUGAAGGAGAAGGUCCGUUUAUUUGCUUGUCAGAAGCAAGAGAUAUGGGAUGCUAUGAAUCUUAGGUUAGGAAAGAAGUGGUUGGCAUAUGGUUUGAGGAGGGUAAAGGAGUCUGAGAUCAAGUCACUUGGUCUUAGUACUCCGUUGCUGGAUCACAUUGCACAAUUUAGGAAAGAGGGCAUGAAGACAGAUCAUUGGUUCAAGACUUUACUUAAGGUAUGGAUGCAGGACAUCGAUGCCAAAAAUGAAGCUAAUGAGGAGGUGCUCCUGUCAAAAUACAUUGCUGAACCAGCACUUCCGCAGGAACUCAGAGAUGCUUUUAACAACUUUCAGAAGCAAGCUAAUGAUUAUAUCUCAUCAGAAACUGCUGCUACAGAAGCACUGUUGUCCAGCUUGAAGAAUAAGGAAUCAAUGUAUACCUGCCCUGAUGAUGCUGCCAUUAAGAUUUAUGCGCCUCUUAGUUAUAUCAAGAAGUGCCUCAAUCGCUAUGGUGUAACUAAUCUUGAAGGUUUCCCUAAACAUGUUUCAGCCCUUGUUUUGCAAGAUGAUGAGCUAAUCAUAAGUUGGUUUGCAGGAAUAAUUCAUCGUUGGGUAAGAUGGUUCUCUGAGGUUGACAAUUUUAAAGAGCUUCAACUUAUGUUAGUUGAAUGUGUCAGGAAGUCCUGCAUUCGGACACUAUCUGCAAAGUACCGAAUGUACGAAAAAUUGACAGAAAAGCGGUUUGAACUUGAUGAUUAUGGCAUUCCAAUGGUCGAGGACUUUGAGGCAAUGAUAGCACAGCUAGAACCUAGUUCUUCCUCAGUUUCCACUGAUGAAGCUCUGACGUAUGGCAUUUCUAGUAGUGGCUUAUGUGUGCUCACCCUCUCAAGAGUUAGAGUCCCUGCUCGGAAAUUCAACUGCUUUGUCAUGGGCUGCCAAUCUUCGUCACCAAGUUUGUACAUCAUUCAUGUGAAGGAGAAACAGCGGUUUCCAGGAUGGAGGACAGGUUUCUCAUCAUCAAUUCAUGGGAGUUUAAAUGGUAGACGAAUUGGGUUGUGUACUCAACAUGUUAAAGAUCUAUAUCUAGGACAAAUCUCCCUUCAGUCAGUUGAUUUUGGAAUUGGUGAGUUAGAAAACUUUGGUGCCAUUGCUUCAAACCUUGCAAGUCUGGCCAAGCUUUGGGUGCCCUGCUGCUCUCUAAGUUUCCUUUGUGCCUGGGUCAUGUUCACGGCACUCCGAUUCCAAGAGGCUGGAAGUCUGCUGUUUCAAGGUCAUGCUGUACAUGCCCAUCUAAGUGCGUCUAGAAGUAUGCUGCUGUCAAAGAAGGCAGCAGGAGGUCGCCGCCAUGAGGGUCCGUCAUUUGUUUUAGUUGCUCUCAGGGAUUAUCAGGCCUAUGGAACUCUGAGCAACGCCGGCCUGAGCUGCCAUCAAAUCUGCGAGUUGGGCGAUCUGCCGUUCGCCGGAGUGAUGGAUGCCGCGGUGCACGUUCUCGUGUUCCCAUGGCCAAGGCAGGGACACAUCAACCCCAUGCUCCAUUUCGCCACCGCCCUUGUCGACGCCGGCGUCCAAGUCACCUUCCUCCACACCGAGCACAACCUCCGCCGCCUUGCCCAGGUGCCUCUGCCACCUCGCCUACGCUUGCUUUCUAUCCCUGACGGCCUCCCGGACGACCACCCUCGCAGCUUCUUGGAGCUCUUGGAGUCCAUGUGCACGACCAGCAGCGCCACGUACCGUGCCCUGCUCUUGUCCGCCGACGCCCCGGUGACAUGCGUUGUCGCCGAUGGCACCAUGCCGUUUGCCAUCGACAUCGCCGAGGAGCUCGGCAUCCCGGCGCUCGCUUUCGCCACGCAGAGUGCGUGCAGCUACCUGGCACUCCUGUCUAUGCCCAGGCUCGUCGAGCUCGGCGAGAGCCCCUUCCCCACGGACGACCUGGUGUGCGGUGUUCCGGGGAUGGAGGGCUUCCUCCGGCGCCGAGAUCUUCCUCGUGGACUCUACUGCGCUGAACAAGGCGACAGAGACCCCUGGAUGCUCAAGCUUGCCGAGGUCACCGCUCGUUCCAGCAAGGCAUGUGCACUCAUACUCAACACCACCGCGUCCAUGGAGCAGCCAGCGCUGGCUCACAUUGCGUCGCACACAAGCGACGUCUUCGCUGUAGGCCCACUGCACGCCAGGUCAAGGCUCACCGCAAGCGCAAGCCUGUGGCAGGAGGACGACGGGUGCAUGGCGUGGCUGGACGGCCACGAGGACCGGUCCGUCGUGUACGUGAGCCUGGGGAGCCGCGCGGUGAUCACGCAAGAGCAGUUCACCGAGUUCCUCUCCGGCCUGGUAGCUACUGGAUACGCCUUCCUCUGGGCGCUCCGACCGGACAUGGUCCAGACGACCAGCUCUGCGCUCCUCCGAGAAGCCGUCGGGGCAGUGGAGGGCAGCAAGGCGCACAUUCUUGAGUGGGCUCCUCAGCGGGACGUGCUGCGGCACCGGGCGGUGGGCUGCUUCCUGACACACGCCGGCUGGAACUCGACACUGGAGUGCGCCUUGGAGGGCGUGCCGAUGGUGUGCUGGCCCUUCUUCUCUGACCAGCAGAUCAACAGCCGCUUUGUGGGCGCCGUGUGGAGGACGGGGCUGGACAUGAAGGGCGUCUGCGAGAGAGGCGUCGUUGAGAGGACGGUGAGGGAGGCCAUGGUGUCCGACAAGAUCAGGGGGGUGGCCCAAGCUAUGGCGCAGCAGUUGAGGCUGGAUGUCGCGCAGGCGGGGCCGUCGUCAUCCGAGUUGGAGCGGCUCGUCCGCUUCAUCAGGGAGCUCAGCAUCAGGUCCUGUUGAAGCCCAGAACCAAUGAGGACUAGCACAGCCUCUCAUGCACUACAUGUUCAGUUUCAGUCUCAGAACUUAUUCUAGCAUUUCCCGAACAAAUAUAUGGAAAGAUGAGGAAAUGUAAGAGGAAUUUGGUCUGUUGACUUGACACCAUUUCAAGGCAGUUCCCCACAAUUAUGUUCUUGUGAUAUAUAUUCAGAUGUGCCAAUUUUUA